CACGGCACACACAACAAACUGAACAAAGAGAGCAAGAAAGGAGAAAGGACACAGCUGAAGAGAUAAGGUUAAUGGAACCAAAAGUUGAGAUCAUAGAAACCCACAUCGUUCCUCCAAACAAAGAGACACCCAAACACAAACUCUGGCUCUCAAACCUUGAUAAGUUUGCUCCCAGAGAUCAUGCACCCACAAUCUAUAUCUACAAACCCAACAGUGACAACCCAGACUCAAAUUUCUUUUCAGUAGAAACUCUUAAGAACUCCUUAAGCAAAGCCUUAGUCAUUUUCUAUCCAUUCGCCGGAAGGCUCGUACUAAACAAAGAUGGUCGUCCGGAGGAGGUGGACUGCAACGCCGAAGGAGCACUUCUCUCCGUCGCUCAAGCCCACUGCACUCUCGACUCCUUUGGCGACUUCCGACCAUCAUCGACUGUGCGAGAGCUCCUCGUCCCGUCUGUCAAUGAGCCUGAUAGAUCACCCAUCUUGAUGCUAUUCCAGGUGACAUUUUUCAAAUGCGGUGGAGUUUGUUUGGGGUGCACGAUGCAACAUAAUGUGAUGGACGGAGUAGGGGCACUGCAUUUCAUCAAUUCGUGGUCGGAGAUUGCGCGUUGUGUUGCGGAGGAAAAUGUUGUUAAACCGUUUCUUGAUCGGAGUGCGCUCAAAGCUCGGACACCGCCGAGUGUUGUUUGUGAGCAUGAGGAUUACACAAGUGAUCUUUACUGUAAGCGACCUUCGCUUGGUGGUUUGGAAAAGUGUGAGACGGCGAUAUUGAAGAUAACUAAAGAGCAGUUGAGCGCACUGAAAGUAGGGACGAAAGGGUUGAGCACGUUUAAGGCAGUGAGUGUGCAUUUGUGGCGCACGGUGUGCAAGGUAAGAGGGUUGAGCAAGGGUGAGGAUGUGAGGCUUUACAUGGCUGCUGAUGCACGUGAUAGACUUGAGCCACCCCUCCCAAAAGGGUAUUCUGGUAAUGCGAUAUUAAGUUUUUCCACAAGCUUGCCCGUGGAAGACUUGCUAUCGAACUCAUUCAGAGCGGGAGUGGCGAAGAUUGAAGAAUCGAUGUUGAGACUUAACGAUGAGUACAUACGUUCACUGGUCGACUUCUUGGAGGUGAACAAAGACAACAAAGACAUGGUACUUGGAUCAAGAGCCAUGGGGCCUGGGGACUUCCUUUGUAUUAGUUGGUUGGCAUUGCCCAUUUAUGAUGCUGAUUUCGGAUGGGGUAAGCCUUGUUUCAUGUGCAGGGCUUCCAUGCGUUUUGCAAGCCAGUCUUAUGUGAUGCGUAGCCCUGGAAACACUGGUGGAGUUCACAUUGCAUUUUGUUUUGAACCUGAAAAUAUGGCACGGUUCAAAGAGAUCUUUUACAAAGACUUGGUUGUGGAGGAGUCUUUGGAUUCUUGAGUCCUGUUGUGUGUGAUGUGACAGAAUGCUCGUGUUUGUGAGUUGCUUUUGUAUUUGGUUGUUAUUAUUGAUAUCAAUAAAUGGUGCUAUUUAUGAGUAAAAACUAAAAAGGUUGGUAGGAAA